AAUCCAGGAGCGAAGAAGAAGUAAACGGUGAACUUGAUUUGCUGAGGCUGAAGAGGAAGCGAUUGUUUCUUUUGUAUUUACACCUGUAAACAAUCAUAUUUUUGCCUAUAUUUGUCUGCUGCAUUAUUGAAACAGUGUAAAGAGAGAUAUCACGUUUAGUGUAAAUGCAAACGGAGCCCUCUCACGUAAUUCAGGAGGGAAAUGUCGUCAAGAUUAUUCGUUAACCUGAUCUUUCAAGUGACGGGGAAGGUAACAUGGGGAAUCUCAGGACGACCUCCACUUUUUACUGUGCCACCCGUUGGCUUGGCACAUGUUCAGACCGCCGGUAAGAAAGAUUACAUUGAUCUCCCUGUCCUAAAUGAAGAUGAGCUGGACGAGCAGUUUGUAAGAGGGUCUGGACCUGGUGGUCAGGCGACCAACAAAACCAGCAACUGUGUGGUGCUCAGGCACAUCCCAACUGGCAUUGUCGUUAAGUGCCAUCAAACCAGAUCGGUGGAAACAAACCGCAAAAGAGCACGGCAGAUAAUGAGGGAGAAGCUUGAGGUCACCUACAAGGGAGAAGAGAGCGACAUUCUGAAGAAUAAGAAGGAGUCUAUACAGAGGAAACAAGACAAGAGGAAAAAGGCAAACGAGAUUUUGGAGAAGAAGAGACUUUUCAAAGAGGCACUGAUGACAGACUUCAAACCAGGGGAUGACAGGGGAUGAAAAGUAUGCAUGAACAUAACAUUUAGUCUGAUCAACAAAUAUGUCCUACCUCAUCAUGAUCUGUAUUGUAAAUAAAGAGCACCUAUUGAAAUAAAUUAUAUUGUCAUCGGGGCGGCAGGGUAGCCUAGUGGUUAGAGCAUUCGACUUGUAACCGGAAGGUUGCGAGUUCAAACCCCCGAGCUGAAAAGGUACAACUCUGUCGUGCUGCCCCUGAACAGGUAGUUAACCCACUGUUCCUAGGCCGUCAUUGAAAAUAAGAAUUUGUUCUUAACUGACUUGCCUGGUUAAAUAAAGAUAAAAUAAAAAAUAUUGUCAUCAGUCUAAAAUACAGGAAUGAUGUCAGUAUUUUUUGUAAUUGUAAUGAAAUUAAGUUUUAUUACACUGUACACUAUACAAAGACGCAAACAAUGCACUAUAAAAUCCAUAUGAGUUUCACUAAAUGAUAGGGGCUUUGCUACAUACAAUGCAUUUUUAGGCAAUGGGAACACACAAAACCAGGAAAUUCCUGUCAAGUACAGCUCAUGGGUAACUUUUUUGUUGAAGCCCAAGGUGCCACCUCAGUUUUAAAAAACAAUGAUGUUUUACUCAAUACUUUUAUUGGACCAAUAAAACCAAAGGCCUUUGUCUUUUGAGUCUUUGAUCUUCAGUCUGGAGAGUUGGUCCAAUCCAAUAACUUUGUUUGCACCUUGCCUGUUAGAGCCUUGCAUUUCUCUCGGUUUCUGCCAAGCAUUCACGUAUAAGCCCCUUGGCGUGAAUGAUACCUUCAAAUGAAAAAGAAAAGAUAAAAACACAAUUAAGUUCUUGAGUCCAUGAAACGUUAAAUUAUACAGACCCCAAUGGUGCAUAGUAGAUUUCACACAGCAAGUACUAGAUCGCGAGAACCCAAGGAGGCAUACAGCCUUCCCUAUUUUCAGUGAAACAUAUGGGCCACUGCCGGGCCAAUGUGUACUACAGUCCUGAUGCUCUGUUUAAAUGUUUAGAAACAUGAAUAAUCCCUGCUUGUGAUACGCUUUUGGAAACCUUUGGAGAGAACAAAUUUUACCAAUACAAAAUAUAUACUUGUGCACCUUUAACAGGUACCCACCUAGGUAUUUUGCGUUGCACAUUUACUUGAACUACGGCGACAGUUCAUAAGCUAAUGGAAACUCGAGGGAAUAAAAAUAAAAACAUUGUCUUGAAGUUGUAUUGGGGUUGUGCCGCAGAGCAUCAUGGGGGUUGUAUGUGUUGUAGACCGAGCACGUUUUAGAUAAAUGGUUGAACUGA